AGUUGGUUCGUUGUAUUCGGUACGACUCGGCCGCGGUCGGCUUUCGUCGGAUACUCCUGGCUUUUUUACCGCACAAUAGCACCGAUCGUUCUGCAUAAUCGCGACCCGAUGCACGGACGCGCGCGUUUUGCGACGAUUCGACGACCGAUCGUUAUCGGAUAACCGAUCCACCGGACGGACGCUCGCGAACAACAAAGAUCGAGCGACAGGUCGUUGCACUUUGUACGUUCGAGCGUCGCUUCGUAAAAUUUCCGUGCUGUAAUUUGUGUUUACCGACCGCGCCUCGAUACCCGUUACUCCGUGACAUUUCUCUCGACGAUCGAUCGUUCACCUGCUCCGACGGAUGCUGUGAUUUUCUUUUUUUCUUUUUCUAUCACUUUGACGGUUCGAAGUGCUGGAAGUCUAUCUGUGAUACAGUCUCGUGGGAAACGGAAUAAGUGUGACCGUGCUGGCGGGGACAUACGGUGGAGUGGCGCGCUGAACGACCUGUUGUGUGCUCCGAAAGCAGUUCGGGUUCGCGUCUGCAGGGGACCUGAACGCGGAUAAAGAACUCGUUCGUGAUUCGUGAGUGGAGUCCGGCGGGCGAACAGCCGCGGGGAAACGUUUCUCACGCAAAAAUUCCGGCGAUAAUGCUCACUAACGAAGCGAUGAAGCAUCGCGCGAUCAGCUGACUAGCCGAAUUGUUCGGCGGCCGUGGCUACUACUCUGCCGGUAACAACAAACGGCAGAAAACCGGCAAAAAUUCACACCAGCGGCAGGAACGAUUGCCAACCUGCUCGGUUAUGACGUUCAGCACCCAGUUUCACACCGAGAAAUCGCAGUUUUCCAGCGAUAACUGUACUCGGCCCAACACCAUGGCCGGCGAGGAGGGCACGCUGAGUGGCGGACUCGGUACAAAAUUAAAAUGUCCGACCCCUAUAUCACGCUUAAAAGUGGAGAAGAUUGAGGGUGGCCUGAUGGUGGCCGGGGUUGUAAUAGCUGCGAACUGCCAGAUUGCUCUUCCGGCAUUCGGGUUCCUCUUCAUGCUCGUCGGCGCUGUACUCACUGCUGCCUCUUAUCGCGGGCCUGGCGAGGACGAGGACAAGGAUUCGUACGCAGCUAGGAUCGCGUUCACGGGGAACUCCCGAAUCUUGGGGCCGAUAUGUAUCGUGGUGGGCGCCCUCAUGCUAGCCCUCGGCGUGCUGCUGUGCAUGCUCACCAGAAGGGCGAGAAGAAGGGAGCGUAGGGUCGGUUUCCAUUGCCCUCUUCACGGGGAUUUUUACCCCUUGAGUCCUGUUCAGGGUGUCAAGAUGCUCGGAAUGUCAGGCAAGGAUGUUAGCGGUUGGUCCAAAAUACCCUGCCUGAAGGGACGUUCCUCGGGUAAAGGUGGAAACGCAUCCGGCGGUGGACAUAACGGUCCACCGCAAUGUCCACACUCUGUGUUAAGCAGCACUCGAAGUUCCGUGAGCAGUUCGCCCCUGAGCCCAUGCCCAACGCCUAUGCCAUUCCUAGUUACCUCAGGUUCAGUCAGUAGCGGGAUGGUGCAGAGUGUUGGCGCUAAUUUAUCGCCGGACCAAACAUUCGGAUCGAUUCGUUCGCUGUCGGUAACGAGAGAAGUCGCCAGUUUUCCCCUAUCAAGAACGCCCACGCCACCCCCGCAACACACACCGUCGGCGCUGACGAAUGCGGAGGACCUUGUGAACGUAGGUAGCCCGCUAAGGGAGGCAUCGCCGAGGCCGGAAGUGCGGGUGGUGGCGCCGCUGCAUCGACCGCCGUCCGCCCUGGCGACGACCACCAAUCCUAGCAACGUCACCAACGGUUCGGCUAAUCGCAAAUCGGUCAGCAUACUGCUCCCCGAGCACACGAGUGGAUGACCUCAACAGCAGCACGGCUUUGUGCACCGCUGCGACAAGGAACCACCCUCUAUAUAGGAACCCGCGAGAAACGAGACGACGAAGGGAAAGGCGAAAGGGCAGAGAUCGAUUGCGCGACGAAAGGACCGAGAAAUUAUGGAACCCUCGCCGAGCAAUCGGUCCUCGAGUUUCGAGACGACGGCCAUCAUGUAUCGCGACCUUUUCAGCCUGAAGUAGCGCCCACGUUCGGUGCAUAGCGGGAUUCGGUGAUAUCGAAAUCCAAAACGGAGCGGACAGCAGGCCUACCCGGAUCGAUUCGAUUCAAGCUAUCGGCAAAGAUUCGAUCAUCGACUCGAAUCAGAGGACAAUUCGUCGAGCUGCAAUUGCCUUCGCCCGUAUUAUAAUACUUUUAUUCUGUCAUCGUGCAUAAGCGCCACGGACGAAGAUGGAACCGAAAGUACCUUAACGCGCGGGACUCUCGUUUGGAUGCAUCUUGCCCUAAGCGUUCGCACACCAGGUAACGGAAUGUUUUGUAAUUCGUUCAAAGGUACAGUAAUGUUCCUCGGGUUGUCAGUCGACCAAAAACGAAGGCUAAGGCCUGAACGAACAUUGUAACGUGGGUGGGGGCCGUUUAGAAGAUUGGAAAUAUCGGGGCACUGUUAUUUUGGCGUGUUUGGAAUAAUUGUAUGGUGAGGUUCCCGAAAAAAGAGUUCUGAAAACGCCACCAAUGGCCGACUGGUGUUUGCAUUUCCACUAAAAUCUGGCUCCCGAGCGAUUUUAAAGUAGUAAUUCUAGCUAUUGCUGACACGUUUAUGUUUUAACCAUAUGUACGUAGAAACGUACAUAUGCUUCUAGAGACUUACAAAGAAUGUAUGAAAUUUAUUUUGAAGAAACAAGUCUUAAUAUGACGAGUAUAUUGCCUGCAAGAUUUUGUAACUAGUUUCGAGGCAAAUGAUAUGAUACACAAAUUCCAUUUUACUCGUUAAGCUUUUGUGUACUUAUGCAAGACAUUUUCCCUAUACUAUUUAAUAAAAAGGAAAGGUUAUAAUAUUUGUAGAAACAUGAAAAUUGUGUUUUCUAUUGAAGCUGCUGCUAUUGCUUUAAAUUGUAUAGAGAAAGAAUUUAUUUUACACGUAAAUAAACAUAUCUAAUGAGAAUAUCGUACGGGAUAUGUUAUGAGGGUCCGAAUUAGGCAGAAAAGAAAAGUAAAAUGGUACUACUAUUUCGUUGACAAAAUGUUAACAUUUGAUUAUCGAACGAUCGUGGUCGUUUGUAAUAUACUUCAGCCAGAAAUAAUGAAUACACCUCGAUAAUUGUUGCCAUAUUUUAUAUUUUCUUAUUCACGAGAAAUGAAUUGGUUCUGAGAAAGCACAAUUCUCUCUCACGAACUUGCGAACAACUGACACAACUCAAAAUAUGGAAUACGUGUUCCGUGACUGAUAGGUAAAGCGUUAAAUACUCUUUACAUAAUUUUACUCGCGAGAGUGAGUUCUGAAAUAACGAUUGUAGGGGGAGAGUACCAAAUGGAACAAAGUACCAAAAUUAGACAGAUUAGGAUUGUUCCGUAAUUAGAUCAUACAUGUCAGUGCCAAUAACUCUAGAAAAGGACAAAAUUACUUAACAAUUGUUCUUUUCUUGAACAUUCUUUUGUUCUUCCUGUAGCAAUAACUUAAGUAAAAUACGCCCCCGUAAAAAAAUUCUUAUUUGGCACUUAAAUCCUUUGGUACUUCCACUGUGCAAUUGACUUUUUCGACGACUUUUUUGUACGAAGUAGUUCAUAGAGAAAUAUUCAACGCUUGUUUGUUUUUGUCGAAAUGUCCGAUUAUUUUCUAGCUCAAAAUCAUUUGAACAUCUUUUAAGAGCUUCAUGAAUUGAAGCAGCCUUACUGUGAUACAGCAGAGCCUCCGUUAUUCGUAUAAAAUAGGGCAAUUUUCAAACAAUUUCAAGUAAAUUAUCCAAUAUAGUAUGUGAACAAAAUUUAAUCAAAAAAUCUUGAUUUCACUGUUUUAUUAUUUGUAACAUGUUAUCCCAGCUAUGUGUAUAUAUUUAUUUAUUUAUUUAUUUUAUUGGAGUGUUAUCCAAAUUGUUUACAUAUGAUAAUAAAGGGUUAAAUGAAAGAUACUGACGUCAGUAAAGACUACAUAGUAAUUAACACUAAAAUAACAGACUUUAUAUACUAUAUUGUAUAUCUAGUGUCUGCUUCGAUACUAUUGUUCCUAUGUAAUACCUAUAAAGCAGGUUCUACUGUAUCCUAAUUCAAAUAUGAACUUUUCUACUUCUGUAACUAAUCGAUAACUCGCAGCGAUAGCUUUACAGCAACCCGAGGAACAAAAUUUGUUGCAACCUGAAGCACACUACUGUACCGCUGUUUCGAUUGCGACACAUCCAAGAACUUCGAACGCCUUUGUUGUCUUCGUGUGGAAUAAUUGUAGCGCCCGUGUCUCCCAGUUAAGAGUACCAUAUGGAGCUGAAAAGAUGAUAAGCGGAAGGAGUGAUAGUUUACUAUGCUCCCCUUUGCUCCACACAUCGUAUUUCCAGCUCUGUACAGUAGCUAGCGAAAUCUUGCGCGAUUCGAUUCCGUGUAAACUAAGAUAUACGAUCCUGCCACGCGAGGGAGCGAAAUAAACGCUCCUCUUGGUCUCUUGUGAACGUACGCGGAUAAAAGAUAUCUUUUAAUUGCUAGUUACGUCUUUGUCAUCAGCGACUCCGUUAGCUGCGACCCGCGGAGAUCCAACCCGGUCUCGAGGCAGACAAAUUAGGCGAAUUCGGAUUGAUUCGACGUUAUUAUCAGAGUCGUAGUGUCCCGAGACAAUGUACAAAGCAUAAUUUGCGUUCACCGAUUGCGUUGCUUGCAAGCAUCAGGUCGUUUCACGAGUCAUUUUGUUUGGGAGAAAAUAAAAUUCAUGCAAUAUAGGGUGAAAAAUAAAAGGAAAAUUCAUGUUAGUCUCUAUAUCUGUGAAUAUUAUUAAAAUCAUUCGAUAAGUAUUAUUGCGGGUCAACAGUAAUGAGCAAUUAAAGCAUUUAUCUGUUCAAAUUAAUUAGAUUCUGUGUGCAGAGACUUAUUGUACAUAAUUUUUAUAUAUUUUUAUUUGUAGUAUGAUAGCGGAUAUUGACAUUAAAAUCGACGGCUUUUAUCAAAUCAUUCCAUGUAGUGAAGCUAUGAAUUAACAUUAACGUUAUUUACAUUUACAAUAAGCUUUUGCACACAAACUGUAAUUGAUAUGAACAGAUGAUAAUUAUAUAAUAAUUCUUCAACGUCCCCAAAUGGGAAUACCCUCUUAAUUAUAGAGAAAAGUUGUGUAGAAAGAUGGCCACGAUGAUACGUGGGUGAUAAAUAUUUAUACAGUUCGCAGACUUGUGAAAUCGACCUGAUGUAAAGAACGUACUAGUUUUGUGCGGCUCUGCUGUUAGUUAACAUUAACACGCAAUGUUUUGCAACGAACGCUUCGAAUAUCCCUCGCUUUCCUCGUUGAAUUUCGCGGCGGUAAUUCCAAUCGGGCAAGAGAAAACGGUUUUUUUUUUCAUCGACGAUCGACGGACACGGAAUACCUUCUUCGAACGGGAACGAUUGUGAAUAAGAAGUGUCAAUUUACCAUCGUACUUUAGGAAGACAGUAUUAUUUGGCGUACAUAUUGGUCAUCGUUGCUAAACCUUUACGCGAGAACUGAUACAAUUCGAAUAAACGUACGGGUAUCAUUCGCUGACAAUCCAUCUACCAGACAAGUAUUGAAUUAUAAUUCGUUCAUCGUAAGGCCCAAGACCAUUCGUCGAGUGUCUUGGCGGACAUUGAAGCAAACUUCACCUCCAGUUCAGUUUAAGCGGUUUUUUAAAGAAGGCACAACCGAAUUAUCGUUACCGUGAGGCGAUGGAUAUCAAACACUUCUCAAUGCAUUCAACAUUCCAUACCAGAAUCUUAGAUACGACAAUCAAUGUACUCUGGGGAAUCGUUUAAACGAGUUGUUGCAUUCUUCGUUUGCGAGCAGAAACGUUGGCCAUCACAAUGGCGGUGCACUUACUUUCCAACCGUAAAGUAACGAGAAGCUAUCAAAAAGCUAACGGAGUAUUUCGAAGAAAAAAAACGAACCAUGUCUGUGCAUUCACGGAAACAUCGAUCGAAUUUGAUUACCGUAUACAUUUAUAAAUCUCAUUCCAUUGUUACUGCUCCGGACUAUCGACGUGAAAGAUCGACUUUACAACAGCGCACCCCAUAAUUUUCGUAGACUAGCGUAAUCGUACGGCGACGUGAAAUGAAUUUCAUCUAUGGAAAUCGGUACAAUAACGUUCUAACUUGUAAGAAUAGUUCAAUUACGCGAACGAAACUCAUUCUUAGGGGAUAUAUAUUAAAAAAACAAGAUGGCGCGGAAAGCGAACAAUGCUCAGAAGCCCGCUCAGAAGGGUCGCUCCGAUAACAAAUAGACAGAUACGGACUUCGAUACGGAUAGUGGUAUUUCUCGAGGGAAAAAACAAAACGAUUUUGUUCCUUUAUGUUUGUCGUUUUAGACGAGUUGACAAAUCCCACGGUCUGAUUAGAUCCGGCCCACGAUAAUUGGUAAAACGCGUUAGUGGAAUUAAUCGAGAAAAAAAGACUAUUAGGAUUCAUUGUAAAACGAUUCGAUGGUGCUCCAUGGGACGAUGCUCGAUCGAGAUAUGGGAUGGAACUCGUUCGACGAGCUUAUUAAAUUGUAUGAUUAUCGUGGGCGUUAAUUACACAUAGUCGUUAAGGUACUAGAACGUAAGGUAACAUGUAAUAUGCUCAGAAUUCACCUGCCUGCUCAGUGGCCACGAUAACCCAACAGCUUUCACGACUCUCAUCGGAUAGUUUCUAUUUAACCCCGGUUCAUCGUGCAACUUUUUAGUGGUUCUUUACUCGAGCCUCCAUCGCGACAGAGUUUGAACGGCGCUCGAGCAGGUGUACGAGAUUUUAAAUAAGACUCUAGUCCUGUAAAUACGUAGCUAGACGAAACGUCGAAUGAGAAAACGAUCAUCAGAACCACCGUUGUCCCGAGAUUGUCUUGUGGUACUGAAGUAAAACGUUUGUGGUUCGCGAUAGAUCCUACCGUCGCCAUUGCAUACAUCCAUUUUUAGCCAAGGAAGACCAUUCUUUACCAAAUUCUUUUCUUAACGAUGAAUUCGAUUGUUCACAAAACUGAUUUACAUAAUUAAAAAUCCAAGAAAUAUAUGUGUCAGUUAUUGUAGCAGUGGCCUAAGUUGCAUGUUUCUUAUUCAAAGAUGAGCAAACGUUCACGUUUGACCGGAUCAAAAAAUAUUUCUCCAUCGUGACGCAAAAAUUGACCAAAAACCAAACAUUAUGCUAAUGCGAAAUUUAAGAUGCUCCACAACUCUGGAACAGAAGGUUGAAAGAGAAAUGUUCGCGUGAUAAAAAUAUGGACAACCAUUUCUAUUAAUAUACUGAUAUAUUUUGUAUAACAUAAUUGUUCCACGCUAUACUUGGAUUUUCGUGACUUUCUUGUUUUGUACCACAAUAUGUAGCGUAGUAAAUAUAAUUUAUUUAUUAACAUUUCUCAAGCAUUUAUCGUAAUUGUUCAUCAAUUUAUGAACAACGAGUGAAUAAUUAAAUCAAUGAAAAUUAUAUUAAAACAAGCUAAUUCUCGGUAAAUUAACGAAUAUACGAAUCUAUAAAUUUCGAGCAUGUUGGUACGCUGUUUUGGGAAAAUUUGGAACCCUACUACUCCAAAAAGAUUAUGACACCGAGAAGUAACGAUUGUAUUUAACUCUAAUUGAUUCCAUUCGACGUAUGGAAUUUAGUCUGCAUUUAAUCUUCCGUGUAAUCGCGUACAAAAUGGCAUUCCAAACCGCAAACGUGUUGCUGCAGAGAACACCGAGUUCUGAUAUAUCCGACAAUAUAUUUACAUUAAUUGUAACGGUCUAGUAUACAUACUCGUGUAUAGUACACUUUGUGACGAUUGUUCAUGCACCCGUAGCAAUCAUGGUGAAAGGAAGAACGUACGUGCGAAGCGGCGCAAAGCGUAAACGAUUCGAUGUUGAGGAAUCGAAGGAAGAAUUGUAUCUGUCAUCGACCUAAAUGCUCUCUACGCGGUUUGUGUUGCAUUCGCGAUGCACGUGGAAUAAUACGAGAUAGAGACGUUCGAUUCUGAUUCGAUUCUUGGCAAAACUCGACUCUUUCUGUCAUUAAAUUGAUUUCUUUCUCAAAUGAAUCCUGAAAAUUUAAUGCAUUUAAAAUUACAUUUGACUAAUUUAUAUGUUUGAUAUAAAAAAAUUCUUUUAUUAGUGUUUCUGUUAAAGAAUCUAUUCCAAAAUUAUAUAGGGUGUUCUGGAGGCCAAAAUAAGACGAAAAUCGAGAAUACCAAUUUGUUGAUGGAGCUAUGAAGCUUCUAAUGUGUAAAUUAGAACAAAAAUUUUUGAUCGAUUCAUUAAAAAGAAUCGAACAUCUCUAAUAUAAGGCGACCACUCGUAUUGCGCGAAACCGUGUGCCAAAAGAUGCGUCGUGUUUCUUUAGUGAUACGAGGACUUCACUGCGCGUUUAUCAACGAAUCGGACCAACAAAGAACAUCGCUCGAUGAAAACCAACAUAAAGAUUUGGACUUAGAAAAAUUGAAUAUAAAAAUAAAAACGAGCGUGAGACAAAAUCGAAUUCAAGAACAAAAUGUGACGUUUUUUUUCUUAAUUUUGUAACAUAUUCCAACACACAGGACUGCUUCCUCGAAGUUAAUUUUUCGUUGCUAUUAAAAAUCCUUUAUUGUCUACAUUUCCAAAAAAUGGAAAAUUUCAUGUGCAAAAUUGUUUUGACUAAAAUAUACCCCGGUAUUAAUUAAACAUAACUUCGAGGAUAGUUUUCAUCCCUCCACAGUGAAUAUCAGCAAAUAAAAGACUAAAAUAAAUAGUAAAUUUUGAAUAAUGCUACUCAAAUAAUAAACUUGUUAGUGAUACAAUAAUUUUAAUUAAAUUUAUCUAUAAUAAAUCAUAAUAAAAAUUACCUUCAUUAUUGUUCAAAGUAUAUUAUUUAUUUUAGAAAUUUCAGUAAGUGAUACUAUCCAGUGUUUUAUUUAUGCGUUCGAUUUUAUAAAAAUUGGAGAUCGGGCAAUGUUCAUUGCUAGGUAGAGGGAACGUCAUAUUAUUAAUUAUUUAAGAGUUAUUUCUCGUCGAAGAUGCCACACACAUCGGAAGCUCAAAAAUAACGUUGUUAUUUUUAAGGAUAGUCGUUAACAGAACGAAGAAACUCUGACCCCCGUGAAAUCGUCUGAAAAGGCUUCGUAUCAUUUUACAAACGUAAUCGAACUAGCAGGGGUCCCGAAUCUAACGAUUUAAGUUGUUCAAUUAAAUUUUAAUUUAUCACGUUAAUGAAAAUGAUAUCGUCUCUAGAAUUAUUCAACGAGAAAUCGUUAGUUUCGUGGGCCCCCUAAUCGCGAUGCGACCAGAAUUUCUUCAAAUACCCGAAUCGAACGAAAGAUCGGCACGUCGUAUGCUCAAGCGCUGGAAAGCCUAUCGAAUCGACGCAUUCUUAACUUCCGGGAUCGAUAAAGGACACAGCGUACGUUUCGUGGACCGAAAUGGCGUCGAUGCAACGCUUCCGCUCGAACGGAUUUCGUUUCGCACGGCGCGAUACCGAUUGCGUUUCUCCUUCUUUCGUUUCUAGAGAGGAAAGGGAAGACGAUUAUUGUGAUAGAACACGUAGGAACGUAAGGCGAGUUGUAGGAGUUACGAUUUAAGCGACUAAAGCUAUCACUUAAGGAUGCGAGGGGAGAUUAUAUCGGCCAAAACCGGGCGUCGAUCCACGGCGAUCGACGCGAACGCUUGAUACGAACACGCAUUUCGGUGAUGCUCGUGUGUAGUUGCAAUAUCAAACCGAACGAGACUCACCGAUACGAUUAAUCACACCCGUUGUAUACACGCGAUAACCGAUUGCUCGCAUUUUCGUCUGGACGUCGGUUUUCUGGCCGACGAUUAAGAGGCUGAUUAAAUGAUACACUGGAAUUACGUAUACAUAUGAUAUAUAUGUAUUCAUAUAUAAAUAUUUCGGUAGUUGUAUUAUUAUACUUUAUAUAUGAUAUAACACGAGUGGAAAUCGUCCCUGGUUUUUCUCCUCAUACGAUAUAUAUAUGUAUAUGUACAUACAUACAAGUACUUCUCCCGUCUCUCCACGAGUUUCUUUUCUUACCCUAGCGAGAACAUUUCUUUCUUCGAUUCAGACGAGACUAAUAUACAAGUCGACUUCCAAAGAACUAUUCUCAUUGGUAAAUUUUAUUUAUAAAUUAAAAGCAACCUCGAAAGACACAAGUUGUUCUCCUUAACGACGAAAUAGAAAUCAUGAAAGCUCGAUUAGGAUGUUUUCCACCCGUCGUAUUAACCCUUUACAGUAUAAGAAUUCGUCAUAAUUGAAAUAAUUGAUUCUUGUGGUACCAUUUUGAGAAACUAAAAUUGUCCUCUUUUCAAGAAAUUAACACAAAUGCAUGGUAUUUAAAAUUUUGUCUGUUUUAUUAAUUAAGUUUCUAUUGCCAUACGCUUUUUAGUUAUUUAGUCUAAAGAUUGUGAAGAUGUAAUGUCUAUGAAGAACUGAAUUUUAUUAAUAGCUAAUUUUUAAUAUGAUUUUGAAUAGAUCUUUCGAAGUCCACUUUGUAGGGAAAUUAACGAUCUGGCCUGAAUAUAUUUGUACGAAGAUUAAUGAUGUGUUAUGGCCUGAGUCCGUAGACUUUCGAAGCCGAGGACUUCCGUUUGGAUCGGAAAUACGACGAAACGAUCCCGCAUUUUUCUCGGCAAAUUUUUCGAUUACCGUUGUUACACAGCAAUGGCCGUCGCGCGAUCAUUAAUCACGCAAUCAACCAAGAACACGAUUUUUCACACCUACGGCGACGUUUGCCUCUGUAUUUCGUUCUUUUUUAUACUGUAUAGAUCAGGAUAGAGGUGACCGGAGUGUGGCCUAUUUUUCGAUAGCGUGUAACUGGUAAAUUAAACGACGUACAGCGACGGGACGCUUUUCAGAUUGUGAAUUUCGGUCGAAAAUGGAGGCAUCUCGACGGAAAUGACUGCAUUUUGCGAGGCCGCUCUGUUUCUUAGAAACGAUCGAGCAAACGUUCUCGCGGAUCGAUCAUGUACGAUCUGGCUACACGUUGAGUUUUUUCCUAUCGUUUCGAGGACCCCAGCUUAGUGUUACGCCCGUUAUUAUUAUCGUUAACGUUAACAAAUUAAUUAUCGAUUAGUUACUAUCGUUGCUAUUGCUAUGAUUAUCGUUAUUCACCGUUAUUAUUACCGUCAUCGCCACUAUCGAAUUAAAGCGAAAAUAGUGUGCUCUAUACUCGGUAUCUGUGUCGAAAAAUCACCUACAUAUGCAUAUAUUAAUGGUUAUCGCUAUAUAUGGCUAAAGCUCCAAUAUAAUAAGGACAAAAAAAUAACAAAUAUUACGCUCCUCUUCUCAACCCUUUGAUUCAUGAGAGGUCGUUCUGGCUCGUAAGUAAGCAGAGUAAAAAUCUUAAUCUACGGCUGUACGAACUCUUCUUGCGAAGUUUUCGCUAACGUAAUAAUCCGUUGGCACGCAACGAUUCGUCGACUUUCAUGUACGUGUUCGAUGGACGACGUCGGUUUCACAAAUUUUGUACGCGUAUGUACUCUAGUUUCGUUUCUAAAACGUCGAUAACGAAUCCACGAGAAAACGAGAGAGUGUAGGAAAUAGAAAACGAUACUCGAUCCUUGUGUGACUCCAUUAAGCAUAACGAAACUGUACGCGCACCGAUGUAAAAGAAAAGAAAAAAGGAAAAAUGAAGAAAAAUAAUAAUGAGAACGAUUGAUGAAGAGUACUGUAUUCAUCCCCGACACACACCUAUUUAUUUGUACAUUAUUUUACCGAAUAAACGUGCAUUUUUUGCAUCCUUAA